UGCUGGGCAUCAGGAUGCAACCUCUGUGUUCUAUCUGAUGCCUUAAUAUUUUUAAUAAUUGCAAGAGCUUCAGUUCGCUUGAUCCAUGUUAACCAUAACCUUCAUUUGACAUGAGAGUUUUUUUGAGGGGGGACGUGGACAUGGCGUAAAUGCUAGCAGGCUGGAGGGGGUCAGGCAUUGGGCAAAUUGAUAUAAGAUGGCUUCGGCUACAGAUCCACGCUUUGGACAGAAAGAAUCUGCAGAUCAGAACUUUGAUUACAUGUUCAAGAUCCUGAUCAUUGGGAACAGCAGUGUUGGUAAAACGUCAUUCCUGUUUCGAUAUGCUGAUGAUUCCUUCACUCCAGCAUUUGUCAGUACAGUUGGAAUUGACUUCAAAGUGAAGACUAUUUACAGGAAUGAAAAGAGGAUUAAGCUGCAGAUCUGGGACACAGCUGGUCAGGAGCGAUACAGAACCAUCACCACAGCUUAUUAUCGUGGUGCAAUGGGCUUUAUCUUGAUGUAUGACAUUACUAACGAAGAAUCCUUCAAUGCUGUCCAGGACUGGUCAACCCAAAUUAAGACCUACUCAUGGGACAAUGCUCAGGUCUUACUGGUUGGAAAUAAGUGUGACAUGGAGGAUGAGCGGGUAGUUUUAGCGGAGGGAGGGAAGCAGUUGGCUGAUCACCUAGGGUUUGAGUUCUUUGAAGCCAGCGCCAAGGACAACAUCAACGUCAAGCAAACAUUUGAGCGCCUGGUGGACAUCAUUUGUGAAAAGAUGUCGGAGAGCUUAGACACAGCAGACCCUGCUGUGUCCGGAACCAAGCAGGGGACACAGCUGAAUGAGCAGCCAGCACCCCCUCACCAGGACUGUGGCUGUUAGACACACACCCCAGGAAACAAGCCCCAACACCUCCCUUUAUUUCACGUUUUCCUCUUUAUCUCUGUGUCUCUGUCUAUACACCCCUUCCCCACCACCUUCCAGCCCUACCCUCCUCCCUCUCCCUUUGAGAAAAAAACAAGAAGGUGUGUGCACACAACCAAAUGGACAGAAAUGUUAAGGGCCAGAGGAUGAUAUGUGAUAUCCUUAUGAUUUAAUCCUAAAACAGAAACAACAAAUAGAACAGCCUGAGGUGUGAUUGGAACGCACAGGUAUGUGAAACAUUUAAAACUCAUCCAGUAUUGUUCUGUUUCUCAUACCCGCCCCCUCCUUCCUGCCCACACCCAGACAGACCCUGGUUAUAACAAUGGUGAACUAGAGCAUCUGUGACAAUCAUUAUUUGGUUUACAAAGGGUUGGUUAGAAAGCUAUCUGCUUCUCUACCCUUCCCUGCACCUUAGCUCCCUGACACUGUUCUAUUUGAGGAGGAAGGUAAAGUAUUUUUGCAAUGCAUAUUUAUUCUCAUGUGUGAAAACUAACCUUGUGCCAUCUCUGAUACACCUUGAGUCUGUGAAUCCAUGUGAUGCCCACACGUGUCUCUGUAUAUCUCAGUGUUUGUGUCUCUCUCACAUUCUCCUGCGUUUCUCCUUUAUUGUAGCUCUUCAUUUUUCACAAAUAUAUCACUGUCACUGAACUGUAAGUACGUGCACACACACAAAACCACAACAAGAUUCUGCCUUUGACCAGUUGCCACAGAUAUUUGGAUAGAGGUGACUUACUUAUUACAGUACAUGAGCCAGCCUUAAAGCACACAGCACUGCAUCCUUACCAACCAACACCACAAUGCCACCCUUGCCAAUCAGCAUGGACUUUCCUGCACAUCUUGGUAAGACUGUAACAACAAACACAAAUUGGCUUUGUUUCUAGAAAAAUAGAACUGAAAAGCAGAGUUGUUACAUUAACCCAGAUAGAACAUUAGUUAAACUGCACCCACAGUACCAGACACUACACAACAAGAAGGAUAUAGAGGCACAGGAAAGGGUACAACAAGGUUUAGAAAAUGGAACCUGUACUGAGAGGAUACACUGCCUGGAAAGGCUGAACUGAUUGGUCACAGCUUUUCAUCUCUAGAAAAAUGAAGGUUUUGGAUAAAGGGGUAACAAUGGGGUCUUUAAAUUUCUGAAUGGAUUAGGCUCAGGUUGUGGGACAGGGUCCUAGGACAGGGCCUCAGGGAGCGUGUGUGUGUGCGUGCGUGCGUGUGUGUGUGUGUGCGUGCACGGCCAGGUGCUGGCCAGGAACAGCAGAAAGGCCUGUGAUUUCUGAGAGAAUGUUCCUACUUAUAGGGGGCGCCAGAUACAAGUGGUCUUGGUAGAAUAUUGUCAGAAUUGAAUCAGGAAUUCUGGAGAAACCUCCUUAUCCAGAGUGUGAUUGAGUGGAGAAACCACUUCCGUGAGUGCAGUUGAUGCAAAUAGUGUUCAAGGAAAAGUAGAUAAAUGCAUGAGAGUGUGUGGCAUAGAACGAUGGACUAAGGUGCAAGAGCUCAUGGAACAUAGGCACCAGCAUGGAUUAGUUGGGCUGAAUGGCCUAUUUCUGGGCAACACAUUCCAUGUAAGCAGUUCGGCCCUCCAAGGUACAGGUCACUUUCUGGAGUGAUCCUCCUCCUUUGUGCUAAUUCAACUGAAGGCAGUGGGUCACCCUGUUCCCUUGGUGACAUUUGAAACUUCAUUCUCAGGCGAUGACCUUUGUAGACAAGCCCAGGGUUCACUGCCCAUGCACCUGGCUGUCACCAUGUCAACAAUAUGGCUUCCUGGGCCACAUCAGCCCCUCUCUAUAGUCAUGUAAGAAUCUGAACAUAAAGACCAGGGUUAGCACAAGCAGCAAGAACCUAACUGAUUUCCAGUGUCCCAUUAAUGGCAAACAGCUGCCAUUCUUCCCCACACUGGUCCUACACGGGACUCCAAUUCCACAGUCAGUCUGGUUGGCACUGAACUGCCCUAUGAUGAGACUGAAAAAAAACGGUGUUAGCGCAGCUCCAUGUACUGUCGGAGAGAUUAACCUGUAUCACAUAGUAAACUGUACUCUCUAGUACCUCACCAUUAACUUAUAAACCAUACCUCACCAUAGUACCACCCCUCUGAUAAAACAAGGGGACAGAUUGGCUGAUAAAAUGGCAUUCAGUGUUAAUUAUUAAUAAGAUCAUAAGAUGUAGGAACAGAAUUAGGCCUCUCAGCCCAUUGAGUCAGGCUGAUAUGUUUCUCAACCCCAUUAUUCUGACUUAUCUUCAUAACCGUUACUAACCAAGAACCUAUCUCUGUCUUAAAUACACUCAAUGACUUGGCCUCCACAGCCCUCUGUGACAAUGAGUUCCACAGAUUCAUCACCACCUGGCUGAAGAAAUUCCCUCUUAUGUCAGUUCGAACAGGAUUUCCCUUCACUCUAAGGCUGUGCCCUCAGGUUCUAGUCCUAAGUAGCAUGUUUAAACAAAAGCACCACAAUCCUAUCACAAUUGUGUUCAGUCAUUGGCCUGUCAAUCCAAUGUCUCCAUUUGUUCAGCUCUGAUACUAGCCACUGCUGUGGGAUCCUUGUGCUGUACUGCAAGGGUUUAGAGCCUUGAGGUCAACUGACCUUUCUGAUAAAGGUAAAGAUGUUGGUGCUAUGUCUGCAUAAUGCUUGCUCUGAUGUUACAGGCUGUGUGUGAAGUUUAUGUUGUCGAGCAGUCAACAUUCACUUCUGUCGGUAGCCAUCUUUGAUAUCUAAAUUGUUAGCUCACCCCUCUGCCUUCCCCGGCCCCUGCCAAAACCAUGCCAUACCCUCGCUCUCUUUGCUCCAGAGAGUGUGGUGGAAACAGUGAGGGAUGUGACUCCAGGAGCUAUUUCCCAUGGUCACAUAGCCCAGUGCUUGGACAUUUGCCACAGGUCAGCCUCAAGUCAACUUUACCCUCCAUUCAUAAUCCAGUUUGUCCCUCUGAGCCACACUCCAAUUAUCAGAAAAACCCAAUAGAUUUGCACGCAAUCUUUCAGAUAAAACCUGCUGUCCUUAUCUGGUCUGUGCCUUCAGGUCCAGUCCAAAACCAACCCAGUUUAAAUAAUCAUAGAGUCAUAGAGGUGUGCAGAAUGGAGAUAGACCCUUCAGUCCAACCCAUUCAUGCCAACCAGAUCUCUGAAAUUAAUCUAGUCCCACUGGCAGCAUUUGGCCUAUUUCCUUCUAAACCCUACCUCUUCAUAUGCCCAGAUGCCUUUUAAAUGUUGUAAUAGUACCAGCCUGCACCACCUCCUCUGGCAGGUCAUUCCACACAUGCAUCAC